AUGUCCCCUCCCACCAGCACACAGGACAAGAACUGGGCCCGGAGAGCAUUCCCACAACUGCUGCUGCUGCUGCUCCCAGGCUCCUGGGCAUUACCCAAGGCUCAAGAACUUCAAAGCAUAGCAGGGCAGACGCUAUCCUUGAAAUGCCAAUAUCCACCCACGGGCAGGUUGUACGAGAAGAAAGUCUGGUGUAGAGAGAAGUCAGAAUUCAUGUGCACCAAGCUAGUCAUCAGCUCCAGGCCCCGAACACUGGCUCAGGUCUCUCGAUUCUCAAUCUGGGAUGACCCUGAUGCUGGCUUCUUCAUUGUCACCAUGACUAGUCUGAGGGAGGAAGACUCAGGACACUACUGGUGUAAAAGCUACCGCGCUUCUGGCUACUCUGUCUCUAAGUCCAUCAGAUUCUACCUGGCAGUAUCUCCAGCCUUUGCCUCCACACAGGCCACCUGUGCUCCCCCUAACCUGGUCUCAUCACAGACCCAGAGCAGUGUUCCCCCAACUGGAGAAGCCAGAGAUGCCCUCGAGGCCUCGUCUGCCAUCAAUGCCCCUCCACAGCCACGAAACUCCACGCUCUACCAUGGCCCUGCAGCCCCCAGCACCCUACUCCCUGUGCUCUGUGGACUCCUUGUAGCCAAGACCUUGCUGCUGUUACUGCUGCUGCUGCUGCUAGCCUUAAGAAAUUGACAUGUUCGGCACCAAAGGAAGUCUCUGCUGCACCGAGCUCAGUGCAGACCCUCUACCCCAUGGGUUUCCUUACCUGUAGGGAGGUAAAUAUUACAUCACACUGAUGUGAGGACUACGAUAAACAAUGCUAAUAAGCACACUUUAUAA